UUGAUAUGGGCGGAUAGUAGAGACGGAAAUUAUACAGCAAGAGAUGGGUACCGAAAAUGACUGAAAGAUGAUCGAGAGGCUAAUGGUGACCAGGCGACGAGUGAAUCAUCCUUGUGGAAAGGCAUUUGGUCUUUUAAUAUUCCUCCUAAAGUUUGAGUAUUUCUCUGGAGAUUCACUAGGGAAUCUCUGGCUACAGGGGGAUUGGGUGAGUAUUCGUAGUUCUCGAAGAGGGGAUGCAUGCCUGUUUUGUAAUCUACAGGAAACACAAGUCCACCUCUUUAGUGAGUGUGCUUGGGCUUCGAGACUGUGGCGUACUUCCCAGGUGGUGCAGUGUUUUGAAUUGCGAGGAGAUGGAGGAUGUAAGGAGUGGGUGGCGAAGGUGAUUGCUGCUAUGCCAAAGGAGAUGAUGGAAGAAUGGAGUGUGCUAUUAUGGUCAUUAUGGAAAGAACGUAAUGUCCAUCUUUUCAAUGACAUGAAGUUGGAAGAAAGUGAUAUAGUGCCAAGAGCAAUGACAUACCUCGAUGAAUACCGACAUUAUCAACUCCACGACCAACAUGUUCCUUCCUCAGGAGUUGUAGAUACUUGGCAGAGGCCACCGGGAGGAAUGAUCAAGGUAAAUACAGAUGCUGGCUUCAGAGAAGGGAGCACUGGUUUGGGAGUGGUUAUUAGAGACCGUGAUGGUAGAUUUAUUAUGGCAGCAUCAAAACAAGUGUGUGUGAAGUAUGACCUUCAGAUGGGUGAAGCUUUGGCCAUGGAACUCAUACUGCAGCUCGUUCGACGACAUCAGCUCGGAAAGCCGAUGGUGGAAUCAGACUGCUUGACAGUAGUCAAUUGUAUCAGGGAAGAUCGUGUGAACUACACCGAGCUGGGCACUAUUGUGUCGAAUAUCAGGAAGUUGCUUCAGGAAGAAGAGGCGGGCAUCGUCCAUCAUGCCAGAAGAAAUGCGAACAAGGUAGCACAUAUAAUGGCGCAUAUGGACACUGACUCCUACGACACAACACCUAACAAUGGCCAAGUGUAACCAAUGAAAGGGACUGCAGUAUAGUGGCUCAAGUAAUAAAUAUCGAAUGCACGGGUCUCUAGAGUUACUAUUACUCAGCUUUAGUUCAUUAUCUAGCAAACUAGAUUAAGGAUUGAUUUACUAAACUACUCUACUAACUACUCUACUAAUUACAAGUUGGGAACUCACUUAAGUAUGAUUCCCCCUAGCUCCUCAAUUAGGUCCAAUUUGCAAUUACCUUUGGUUGAUCUACUGUUGAUUAAACUGCGAAAGAUCCUAAAUUAGCUUGGAAUCUCUUAAGCUGACCAAGCCCUCUUAGACAGAAUACCCGGCAGGCGACUAGCCUUCACCAGGAUAGACUGCUAAGGCGAUUCACACAGAUCUACACUACUUGAAUGAAUUCCAGUACAAAGC